AUGUCCAAGCCCACUCCACCCACCCAAACGCGCACCCAAGACCAGCCCACCAAGAACCACUAUUGCAAACCCAGCAAACGAACCACAAGCCCAGAAAACGCACCCCAAAACACACCCCCACAGCACCUACCACAGCCUUGGAAUCGUGCCCAAAAGCACCAGCGACAGCGCGGCAACGCCAUUGAAGAUGGUCCACCCAUGCGCCGCAAACAGCUCUGCAGGCGUGCCCUCGCCCACCAACACCAUGACGUAGGUGCCCAGGACCACGAACACCAGGCCCGCGGUGCUGAGGUUGUGGAUCACUGCGCGCGCUGCGGGUCGAUGCACUACGCCGAGUGCGUGGAGUUGGCUUUCGAGGUCUGGCAUUUUUGGUGUUGUUGUUUGUUUUGUGGUGGUGGCUGUAAAUUUGAUAGAGUAUUUAUUGUGUGGCUAAGUUCUGUUAGUGGACAGCGGGCUUAG